CGUAACGGACGGCUGAAGCUACGUGAAGUGUAGAGUGCCGUGACUGAGCUACCUGUUCUGGGCUGUGUCCCAGUGACAUCGCGGUCCGCAAAAAUCUUUGCGACCUGAAGGCGGAGGCCAGACACAGGCAGGCUGGGUGGAGGUGGUGGCCUCCGAAGUCCCGGGCCGGGGUGCAGCCUCAGGUGCAGCGUACUUUUUAAGACGCAAUGAAAGCCUUCUACACUUUCUGUGUGGUCCUUUUGGUGUUGGGGCAUGUCUCUGAAGCCAAGUUUGAUGAUUUCGAGGAUGAGGAAGACAUAGUAGAGUAUGAUGAUAAUGACUUCGCUGAGUUUGAGGAUGUCAUGGAAGAUUCUGUUACGGAAUCUCCUCAGCGAGUGAUAAGCACUGAAGAUGAUGAAGAUGAGACCACUGUGGAGUUGGAAGGGCAGGAUGAAAACCAAGAAGGAGAUUUUGAAGAUGCGGAUACCCAGGAGGGAGAUACUGAAAGUGAGCCAUAUGAUGAUGAAGAAUUUGAGGGUUAUGAAGACAAACCAGAUACCUCUUCUAGCAAAAACAAAGACCCAAUAACAAUUGUUGAUGUCCCCGCACACCUCCAGAACAGCUGGGAGAGUUAUUAUCUAGAGAUCCUGAUGGUGACUGGUCUGCUUGCCUAUAUCAUGAACUACAUCAUUGGGAAGAAUAAAAACAGCCGACUUGCUCAGGCCUGGUUUAACUCUCAUAGAGAGCUUUUGGAGAGCAAUUUUACCUUAGUGGGGGAUGAUGGGACUAACAAAGAAGCCACAAGCACAGGAAAGUUGAAUCAGGAGAAUGAACACAUCUAUAACCUGUGGUGUUCUGGUCGAGUGUGCUGUGAAGGCAUGCUCAUCCAGCUGAGGUUCCUUAAAAGACAAGACUUACUUAAUGUCCUGGCCCGGAUGAUGAGGCCAGUGAGUGAUCAAGUGCAAAUAAAAGUAACUAUGAAUGAUGAGGACAUGGAUACAUUUGUGUUUGCUGUUGGCACUCGCAAAGCUCUGGUGCGACUGCAGAAAGAGAUGCAGGAUCUGAGUGAGUUUUGUAGUGAUAAACCUAAGUCUGGAGCAAAAUAUGGACUGCCAGACUCGUUGGCCAUUCUGUCAGAAAUGGGAGAAGUCACAGAAGGAAUGAUGGAUACAAAGAUGGUUCACUUUCUUACACACUAUGCUGACAAGAUUGAAUCUGUCCAUUUUUCAGACCAGUUCUCUGGUCCAAAGAUUAUGCAAGAGGAGGGCCAGCCCUUAAAGCUGCCUGACACCAAGAGGACACUACUGUUUACAUUUAAUGUGCCUGGCUCGGGUAACACGUACCCAAAGGACAUGGAGGCUUUGCUCCCCCUGAUGAACAUGGUGAUUUACUCUAUUGACAAAGCCAAAAAGUUCCGACUCAAUCGAGAGGGUAAACAGAAAGCAGAUAAGAACCGCGCACGCGUGGAAGAGAACUUCCUGAAGCUGACACAUGUGCAGAGGCAGGAGGCUGCGCAGUCUCGGCGCGAGGAGAAGAAGAGAGCCGAGAAGGAGCGGAUCAUGAAUGAGGAAGACCCCGAGAAGCAGCGCAGGCUGGAGGAAGCUGCUUUGAGGAGAGAACAAAAGAAGCUGGAGAAGAAGCAAAUGAAAAUGAAACAAAUCAAAGUGAAAGCCAUGUAAAGUCACCUCGAGGGCUCCGCCCAUCCACCUGUAAGCUCUGCGCCCACCGGAAACGGGAAAAGCACGAGUCCAUUUCCCCCUAAAGUUCACAUAUUCCUGUGACUGAGAAGUUCUUAGUCCACCCUCCCCUCUUGGUUUAGAGUUCUACAGAGGCUGUAGAUACAUUGAAAGGGCUCUUUCACUUAUUUCCUCCCUCAUAAUCAAAUUAGUUUGAUUAUUUUAUGAAAGAAUGGUAUAUAAAGUACGUGUAGUUUAAAAUAUUUUUAAAUUAUAACGUGAAUCAUCAGUGCUUUGGUGUUUGAAGAACAAUCAUGAAAUUUCUAGAUGGGUUGUUGCUUUUUGUUUAAACUGGGCAAUUGGAGUAACUGUGGAGACUGACUCUAAACCAAGACCCCCAGAGUUCCUAUUGGAAUUGCACAAUAAACAUUGCUUGUUGUUUUCCUGUGUCACAUUAAACUUGUGAAAGAAGUGGAAUUUAGAACCGGUAUGUGGUGAUGACUUUCAGAGACCCUAGAACAUAGUGCAGUGUAUUGGUUGUGUGUGGGCGGUGCUGACGACAGUAUUAUAGGAGGAAAGCUCCAGGUGUUAGGAUACUGUAAGUCCACGGCAGAGUCUAGAGGUAGGUAGUACAGGAGCAGUUUCUCCUGGCCUGGUACUAUGAGCUAAUGACAGUGUGAGUGCUGAGUUUGAAGUAGUUGGAUGUUUAUUUUUCCUGAGUAAGAAAGCAUGAAAAGCGAGCUGCUUCACCUAGCUCUGAUCACCGCUCUGUGAGGUCAUAGUGCUUUGCUUGGUUGCUGCAGCCUGUUGGGUCUUCACGGAGAAGCUGUUUUCUGUCUUUCUUAUGAGGCCUCCUUUCUUCUCCCUCUGCUUCUAUCUUGUCCACAGUUGAGGCUGUUAUGUACUUUCUUGAAACAAAUAGCCAUUGAUAUGUAUAAGUAUGCUUUUUAAAAGUGAGCUUUCUUAAAUGAUUGAGAGUUUUGUCUGCCUCUUGAGGCGGGAGCUUUCAUGGGGAGAGGCCCCCCCAUCUGCAUAAGCAUUGGCUUGUUGAGAUCUCUGCAUUUUAUAAAUGCUUCCUACUGAGAAAGCAUUUUUUAAGUCACUCUUUGUACCAGGUAAUUUUUGCUGGGAUGGGAAAGAGUUGUUUUUGUUUUUUGUUUUUUUUUUUUGGAGGGGGGGGACUGGGUGAUGGGUUUUUGUUGAUGCUUUCUGUGUUCUGAGGCAGUAACAGUGAGUUGUGGUGAAAACAAGUGUGUGCUGUUGCCUUGGGAAUUAUAUGGAGUUUUUCAUGUGGCUUUGUCUAGGUUAAUAGAAAUUGUGUGCACUGGGAUAUGCAGGUGUAUGCUUUUUAACAGUUCACAAGUUUUAAGUUAUUAAGAAUAACACAAAAUUGAAUCACUUUAAGGCCAUAUGAUUCUAGACUUAACAUUGUUUUACAAAUCUUUAAAAUACAUUUUAGAAUCAAAAUUGAUGUGCUUAGUAUCUUUUGAGUAAUAUAAGCUUUCUUAAAGUCCCAUACAUUCGGACUGUGGCAGCUAAUUUUGUAAUUUAAGCAUUCAUAUGAACUACCUAUGACAUAUAUUAAAAACUGUUGACAAAAAAAAAAAAAAAA